GGUUAGCACUAACCCAGAGCUGCAGAAACUGCAUCUGAUCCCCAUACAGAUGUGUUUAAUCAUGCUUCCCAUGCUUUUUAUUCUCUCUAAUGCAUGCACUGAUUUUUAUUUUUAAUGAAAACAUUUGUUGUUUUUAAUGAAACAUUUUUAUAGUUUUUAAUGAAAACAUUAUGCUUUGUGCAUAAGUUUUGAACACAAGCACAAGAAUUGGCAUGCUGAUCUCUUCAGAUUUUGAGCUCAGGUAGUUUAUGUUCAUUUCUGCGCUGCAUGUGUUAUAACUAAAACUAGAAUUAUCACUCAUGUUUAAUAAUAAUAAUAAUAAUAAAAAAGAUGAUCAUUUGCUAAAAAGAGUUCGUGUUACCAGAGUCUAAUGUUUGAUGUGUAGGUGUUUGUGACCUUUAUGCUCUCUGGAGUUUUUGUUUGUUUGUUUGUUUGUUUGUUUGGUCUCCUUAAAAACAAACAAAAAUAAAUAAAUAAACCCAAAGUAAGCUUUUUUUGUGAGGAGGUCCAGGGUUAUUGGUCCUUGCAUCAGUAGAAGUUGGUGUUCUUGUCCAUCACAGGAUUCAGAGAUGAAGCGUGAGAUAUUAUUCACAAAGACCCUCGAGAUCUGGAGAUCAGUCGACCUCCCUGAACGGGUUCCAGAGGCGAUGUGACUCAGCCGCAAGUCGGAAUAUCAGCUGGCAUAAUUAGUAUUUUUUUGUUUUGUCGUCGUUAUACGGCGAACCUGAUUUUAAGAAACCGUUCCUUAAAACGAGUUUGCAGAGUAGGUCUCGUUACCGACGCGAUAACGAGCGAGCCCGAAAGAACCAGUUUGGCGAAUAAUCCAAUUUAAACAACGCUCCUUCUCCCUCGUGUGUAGUCCAUCAGUUAAUCAGUCGGGACGUUUAGUUUAGCGCUGGUGUAGUUUUCCAUUUGAAGCUACAACGCCGAUGUAGAUAGCAAGCAAUGGAAGUCUAGCACGCCCGAAAUGUUCUCUGUAAACAUCUGGCACAAAAUGUGCAUCCACUUCACUUCUUCAGAAAUGCGAAGCUGAUUUGCAGAUGUGCUUUAGGACGCAGUCUGUAAACGCUUGGAACUAGUAUAUAAAGAUUUCUGCAAGCUUUUUUUUUUUUUUUUGGAAAGUCAGACGUCCGUUACUUGUUUGGACGCGAAUGUCAGACACCAAGCUGCAGAUCUCGGGUGAUCAGUUUUAGAUCUGGAUCGUGUAAAUAGUGAGAGGAUCUUGAGACUUAUCUUUAGGUAAGUGUUGAUAAUCCGCAAUACGAUAAACCGUGAUUCUCAUCACACACGAUAUCGCUAUCACGGACACGUCGACACGUCUGUUUUGUAUCGGAUGAAGGCAGAUUAAGUAGGCAACAUUUCUGGGCAGCGAUCACAGUCCAGAUUUAAAGACUGUCCCAUCUGGAAGACAGCAUCAGGACAGAGGCUACAUGGCUAGUUGUUGUAACAGAAGGACGAGACAGAAGCAGCUUUGAGAUGAAACUCGAAACAUCUUCACUUCUCCUGGGCUUUGACCCAGCAGAUGUGCACUUUCAGAUGGAGGUUGGAUUUUUCCUCCAUGCUUGGACAGAUUUGUCCAGGGUCAGUCGUGAAUCGUGGCGGACGAUUGAGCAGGUGGGUGAUAUCGACCAAUCAGAACUGGGAUAUCAGGGCCAGGCUGAGCAUUAUCCAGUUCUGGGGUUAUCUUUGAGUCGGGAUUUGGCGACCUUUCAAGGUUGAUGUGAGUCAUAGCCGGCGCUGGGGAGUGAUCCGUUCUGAUCUGUUCUCCAGCGCUAUCUGCCUGGACGAACAUGCAAUUUUAUUUCAUUUGAGCUGUUAAUAUCCGGGCAUGUGGACGGUGUAGAUAUAAUGCAGAUUUCUUUGGCCGUGGACAGGGCGUGUGACCCGGCACGGUGAGUAGCUCUCUUAAUCGAUCAGGUGUGGCCGACUGCUUUCCCUCUAACUGAUUCCGACACGUUCUCGUCCGCGUUUUGUUUUGUGUGCAGCAGGGUGUAACAGUCUGGAUUAAAACCGGUGACGAGUUCCCGACUGUUGUUGUGUUCUCGGUUUGAAUAGAGCAGGGUGCAGCUCUUACUGUCUGAUCCCUUCAUGUCUGAGCUUGUCUACACGUCCAAGUGUGUAAAACCCAAAACUACUCGGUAGAACAAGAAACACACACACACACACACACACACUCUCCUAACAAUCACCUAUUUUGGGGUUGUUUUGUAGCACUAAUAUUUAUAGGUCACAUGUUACUCUGGCAGUGGGGGUUGAUUCUUUUUCUUUUCUUUUUUUUUUUAAAGACAGAAAGAAUCGAAAGUCAGGGAUAACUUUAGGAUCCUUUCUGUAGUCUCACUGCGUAAAUUCCAAGGGUUUUGCAGGAUUCGCGAUUACAAUGUCGGAGAUCCGAGCCUUUUUUAAUACAGUGUAAGAACCUUUGUUCACCGUGACACUGGGAACAUAAAAUAAUUUUUAAAAAAAAAGGAAUAGUGAUGAUGAAAAACAUCGUUACGUUGAAAUAAUAAUAAAAAAUUCUCGCUGGUUGUUUGCACGGUUACAAAAGAUGCGAAUCUCUAAUGAAGAAACGCGCAGCUGUUCCAGAAGAAUUGCAAAGACUAGCAUCACUGUCGUCAUGUUGUGCGUUCAGGACUCGGGUGGGUGUCUCAGCGAGCACAUGCGCUGUAUGAUGCGCUCCCUGCAGGACCUGAAGCAGCUAAACCGGACCUGCAUGAUGCCACCCUCCUCCGGCCCCUGCAAGAUGCUGAUUGGUCGGCGUGAGCGGCGAGCACGGCGAAUCAGCGAAUCACGAAUCAGCGACGCCAGCGACUCCAGCAGCGCCGACUCCGCCUUUCCACUCUCCUGUCCCCUGGAGGACGAAGAGAGCAGCGCGGCCAGCAGCCUCGAAUUUGACUCUGGAUACUCGGAGGCUUCGUGGCCUGACGAGGGACCUGUGGUGCUGCGCCGAUUCAGGAAAGUACGCGCCGCGUCGGCCGAUCUCCUUCUAGAACCGAGCCCCCGUCCCAGAACGCGACCCAAAUCCACGUCGGACGCCUGCUUGGAAAAGUGGACGUCGUUUGAGGUACCUAGCGAGCCGGAAGACUGGACUGCAGCCCUGCUGACGCAAGGGCGCAACCGGCAUCCGCUUGUUCUUGGGGAUAACAGCUUUGCCGACCUCAUUCAGAACUGGAUGGAUUUGCCCGAGUGCCCAUCGGAACCGACAGAACCGAGGCCUAGCGCCAGCAAACGGCUAGCCAAGGACUUUCUGGUCAAUGUGAAGCGGAGGAUAGCGAGGAUUUCUCAGAACGUAGACGGACAGAAGAAGCUGGUCUCGGACUCGUCUCGGUCAAACAGAGCCGCCACGGCGACCAAGCGUCUCUCGUGUCCCGUCGACGUUCCGCGGAAAGUUCCGUUUUUCCACAAAUCUCACAUGGACCUCCAGGAACUCGAUACGGACUUUUACCGCUUCACGGCGCUCAUGAAGACAGGCAGCCGGCAGCCAAUCAUCUGUAACGACAUCAUCGGGUACAUAUGAGUCGCCGAGCCGACCCUUCCGACUGAAUGGACUCUGAUUUAUACGGACACAUCGCUUUUAUACCAAACAACUGUAUUAUCAUUGCCAUGUUGCUAAUGGUCAAGCUAAUAAUAAUAAUGCUCAGUCUAUAAUAAUAAUGAUAAUAAUAAUAACAAUAAAAAUUUUGGAAAUUUUAA